AUGAGUGGGGAUGUUCCAGUCUUUUUUCUAGUGACCGAAUUAAGUUGGGAAGUUUCCCCAAAGUUGCUCUUAACCAGGCAUUGGUGCACACCUAGCUCACAGGAAGGAAAUGCUGCCUGCUUCAACUGGAUGCACGGAGAACAGACCACGAGUAUCGGAAGGGAUCAAGGAGAGGAGAAGGUCCGAUAUGUCGUGGAACUGGCCGGGUUGAAAGUCCCAGAUACCGCACCAUUCACUGCUGUACUUAAGUUUGCAGCCGAGGAAUUUUCUGUCCCCCCUGCCACUAGUGCUAUUAUUACGGAUGAUGGGAUUGGAAUCAAUCCACAACAAACUGCGGGUGAUGUUUUCCUGAAGCAUGGUGGUGAUCUCCGGCUAAUUCCACGAGAUCGUGUCGGCCACUGAUCUCGGACAUUGUGUUGACAACCGGUCAGAAUUAGACGGGACCGUUACGUCGGUCGGUCGACGCGCAAAACCUUAUGCUGUUUAUUGUGUCGAGUGCUUUCUCUGUUCAUUGAUGCUAAUUUCUCCCCUUUAUCAUUUGUAUAUGGUGACGAAUGUUGCUAUUUUUGUCCACCUAUAUUCUGGAACUUUGAUGAUGUUUUCAUCGUACAGACGUAUGUGGUGAUACCCUAUUUCUUUCGUCUAGUUCACUACUGUCUGGGGCCGUACUCUAGUCAAUUCUGCUCUGGUGUGUGAUUGGUUUUAUUUCCGUAUCCAGUGUUACCCAGUACGUUAUCACUGCCUGGAAUGUUGUUUCAAGCGACCAGCGUAUACUUCCUAUCAGCCAUGAAUGUCUCCUUGUUAGUGAAGGCAACUAGAAGGAAGCAGUUAAACAUGCCGCAUUCCACGUCCUCUGUCGUGUGCUACAUGUCGU